CCCAGGCCCGACCAGCCCGAGUCAGUCCAGCUCCCCCUCGGCAUCUCGUGCGGGGGAGCUUCAGCUGCCUCGGGACCCCAACAAAGAAGUUCCCCGGCGUUACUCCUGACCAUCUCCAACUCCCAUCACAUUCAACUAUAUACCACACAACAAACUACACCAUCCUCAAAACAAACACUCCACUCGUCACUCUCAUACCGCCCCGUCCAAAAAAGCAUAAUAUCAAUUCGAAAAGUCACAAUGCCGCAAUUCACAAACCCCCCACCGCAAUCAAGCAUAUUCACCCUCUCCUUCCCCAAAGAGCACAUCCUCCUCGUAACAAUAAACCGCGAGCGGCGCAUGAACGCCAUCCCAACACAGGGCCACCGCGACGGCUUCGCAAUCUGGAACUGGUUCGACGAGGAGCCGAGUCUGCGCGUGGGGAUUAUCACGGGUGCGGGGAGCAAGGCGUUUUCGGCAGGCGCGGAUUUGCUGGAGCAGUUGGAGUUUCGAAACGCGGCUGAUGAGAGGAAGGAAGGAGGGGGUUCUGGGGAUGGAAAUGGACAGGUGGGGAGGGGGCCCAUGCCGAAUGGUUUCGGGGGCAUUUCGCAGCGACGAGGGAAGAAGCCGGUUAUUGCGGCUGUUAAUGGGCUUGCGCUUGGUGGCGGGUUUGAGAUUUGUUUGAAUUGCGACAUGAUCGUCUCCUCCCCAACCGCCCAAUUCGCCCUCCCCGAGGCCCUCCGCGGCCUCUACGCCGGCGCCGGCGGCCUCUCGCGCAUAGUCCGCACAGUUGGCAUGCCCAUCGCCUCGGAACUCGCUUUAACAGGCCGGCGCAUCACCGCACAAGAAGCCAAAUCCCUCCGGCUCAUCAAUCACAUCUCCGAGAGUCCCGAGAAGGUGCUCAGCGACGCGAUUGAGCUUGCGCAGCGCGUUGCUGAUGUUAGUCCCGAUGCUGUGAUUGUUAGUCGGUAUGGGCUGCGGGAGUCGUGGGAAACGGGGAAUGUGGAGGCGGCGAGUCGGAGGGUCGCGGAGUUGUAUGGGAUGAAGUUGAUUAGUGGGGAGAAUUUGAAGAGGGGGCUUGAGGCGUUUGCGAUGAAGCAGAAGCCUGUUUGGGUUGAUUCGAAGCUUUAGGAUAAGGAAUUUUGGCGUGGGGGAUUAUUUGAGUAGGUAGAGGGACGGUAGAGGGACGGAUCGUUCAUUGUUAUCUGUAGUUCGUCUAUUGAAUUGCUUGAGAGGCUCAUUCUCGUCUAUCAGAAUGCCGUAGUGCAUCUACCGGUAUGCUACGUAGGUAUUGAGUACCGGUAAUAUCCUAA